AUGUUCCACGACGCACCGGUCGAAGCGGCUGUGUUGGUGCAUCGUCACCGCCAGCGACUCACCACUGCGACUUCAAGGGGCGAUUCUGACGAAGGUGAGGCUGAGCGACGCAUUAUCAACGACUACCAGCUGGAUCGAGUCGUUGACUUUCUUUUCUCCGGAGCAACUCACGGCAGAGAGGGUGCCACGGCGUUUGCGGCUCCCGCUCUCGCCACGGAGUCCUGCGGAGGGCCGACGUCAUUGUCCGGCCAGUGCGGCAGCAGCACCUCCGCUGUGCCGUCGAGACUUGGUUCUCCUUACAUGCGUGUUGCCCUGCAGUUUCCGGACGAGCUGCUUGGCGAUGCGGUGGCUGUGGUGCACUGCCUGAGCAACCUCGUCGCUGCAGAUACGCGGUACGUUGAGGCAAGCGAUUUCAAGAUGGAAGAGAGGGCCGCGAGUGGCGGGUCGCGGGGCUCCAGUGCCGGUGCGGUCGCUGCGCCUCGGCCAGGAGGGCCUGCGGUGGCUGGGGCGGCAGCGCGGACUCACACUGCGGCGAUGGACAACCCGCACUGCCCCACAAGCGCAAUGCGGUUGUUUGUCCUGGCUGACAACACCUUUGGCAGCUGCUGCCCCGAUGAGAUCACCGCCCAGCACUACAUGGCCGACUGCAUUGUACACUUUGGUGAAGCUUGCAUGAGCCGCUCAACUCGCCUGCCAGUCUUCUAUGUUCAGCCAGUGUUUCACUUCAGCGCACUUGUCAUUGACACUGUGCCUGAUGGCAAAGCUGUAGAAGCGCUGCUGGAUGCCGAGGUGGCUGUAGUGUUGGAGGUAGUACGGCGCUUUGCGUCAGCCAUUUGCCAUCGGCUUACCAGCUGGUGGACGAAGAGGGUGGUAGCGACCGGCGCUUCUGCGGGAGAACCCUGCCCGGUGCAUCCCCGCCUCACUAUUGCUUGUACGUAUUCGGCGAGGGCCAUCGUGCAGGCAGCGAAGCUUCGGUGGGGCGUCGCUAAGGAUUGUGGCACUCCAAUCGAUUGGCCCAUCUUCGAAAACCACAUUGGCUCUGCUGCAGCUGAGCCGACCCCGUUGCACGGCGCGAAGGCCGGUGACGUUGUUCAUGCAGUAACCGCCUCCUCAGACGAUGAGUGCUGGUUCGUGAACGGCGUUUACUUUCCUCGCGUGUCAUCUUCGUCAUCGUCGCUGGAACCGUCUCACGAGGUUCAGUACCUGCUCUUUAUUGGCGCUGUUGGCUCUUCGGCGCUGAUCCAUGUGCUGGCAGCAGAGCAGUACAACAGGUUUCACUGCAGCGACCUAUGCCGCGAGUUCCUGGAGUGGGAUGGUAGUGCUGAGGUGUGCGACGUGCCUGUUGUUUGUGCUUUGGAUAACACCUUCGGCUGUGCCAAAGAGACGGAGGAGCUGGUGCACAAUGUCGUGAAGUGUCUUGCAGCGUCUGACGCGUCUUGUGCGUCUCUCGAGCUGGCGGAAACUGUGCACCAGUGGGUGUCUGCCACGUGCGCCGACGGCGUCGCUGCGGCCCUUGUCACCAGAGAUUGCAUGCGGGCUCAGCAGGCACUGCAGCGUCGCAUGAGGCAGCGCGCCUUUAACAUUGAGUCCGUGCGGGCUAGCUCUGCCAUUGGCAUCCUCGUUGCGUCACUUGCCAUUGAGGGCUACUAUGAGGUGACGCAGCAGCUUCACCAGCUUAUUCGGGCUUACGGAAAGCGCAGCUACGUGAUCUAUGUCGGCCACCUGAAUGAGUUCAAGCUGGCGAACUUUGUCGACACGGUCGAUUGCUUUGUUACGGUGGCCUGUCCGUACAGCCGGCCGAGCCAUUUUCCAGAGAAGAGGGAUGGCUUCAUGAAGCCAAUCGUGUCACCUGCCGAGGUGCUUGUUGCGUUGACGAGCACCGAUGACGCGGAUGCAAGCGAACUGUACGGCAUGGCGGCUAUCUACACCACUUCCUUCCAAACAGUGCUGCGGGCGCUGAAAGGUGCUGUGCAAGCCCGACAACGCGAGAUCGUGCCCCGUGCAGGCGGCGCGGACUCUGACGCCCAACAAAGGCAAAGCGUCGAGGAGGACCGAUGGGCUUGCAGUGCUGCGCUAAUACGUGCCGGCACUGGAAGCGGCGGUGGCACCGUGAUUCUGCAGGGAAGCUCACAGGGUGCGCUUGCCCGCCUGUACGACCGUGAGUAUGUUGGUCUCGACCCCCGCGUGGGGCAGACGCCGAUUCAGGCCGAGGUGCUGCAGGGAAUGCACGGCAUUGCGUGUGGCUAUGCAAAAGAGCGAGAGGGACAGGGCGGAUCACCCUCAGGGCCGUUAUGA